AUGACUGUUAGUGCAGCACGUCUUAGAAAUAUUUUUCAAACGGCAUAUCCCAAUGACUAUUUUUAUGUAUGCAAAUUUACAGCACCUGGUGGGUCGUCGUCAUAUGAAGGUCAAAUAUUAUUAAAUGUUCAAUUGGGUGAUCAAGAUUGGUUGAGAGUUUACAAAUUAUCAAAAUCUUCAGGAUUACCUGUGAAUACUGAUGAUAUCAAACGAAAAGCAUUUCCUUUUGUUUUUGAUACAAAAGGUAUAACAAAUAAUGAAAAAAGACGUGAUCGAAUUCGUAAUAGUCUGAGAAGUGUAUUUCCACAUCAUCACAUCCAUGUGAUUAUUUACAAUGAUGCUUGGGAGAGUGCUUCAUCUGCUAAAGGUUCGGCCUCAUUUAUGAAUGAGUAUGGCUCGGAUGUUUGCGUUAUUUUGAGUUAA